GACGAGGUUUCAAGAAAGUUCGCGUCUGCUAAACCCCGAUGAAUCGCCUUCGAAUCCUCUCGAGUCUUCUGAGAAAAACUCAUCGUUCUUCGUGUUCCUUCUCCGUUUCACGACGGCCCAUCACCAAUGCCUUUUAUAGUUCACUCUCCGGUAAACCAAAGUUUUCAUAUCACAAUGGCUCUGGAGGGUAUUCAUGGAAUCUACAUCAUCCUCAGCUUUGGAUAAUCUUUUCUGGGCAAGCUGCAAUUCUUGGGUUAUCCACAAACCCUGUUUUGGCAGACGACUUGCCUAUUGAGCCAAAUUCCAGAGGCGAGACAAAUGAAGCUAGCAUGACUGGACUGGAAAAAGUUGAGGAUGGAUCUGUGGUGUCUAAUAUACAUACAUCUAAAUGGAGGGUGUUUACUGAUAAUGGAAGAGAUUAUUUCUUGCAGGGAAAACUGGACCAGGCUGAGAAGUUUUUCUGCUCAGCAAUUCAGGAAGCUAAGGAAGGUUUUGGAGAGAGGGAUCCACAUGUUGCAUCUGCAUGCAACAAUCUGGCGGAGUUAUAUAGAGUUAAGAAGGAUUUUGAUAAAGCUGAACCCUUGUAUCUAGAAGCCCUCAGCAUAUUGGAGCAGUCAUAUGGUCCUGAAGAUGUUCGUGUUGGAGCUACUUUACACAACCUUGGACAAUUUUAUCUUGUCCAGCGAAAACUUGCGGAAGCUCGUUCCUGUUACGAGCGUGCUUUAAAGAUCAAGAGGCGAGUGUUGGGACAGAGCAAUCCAGAUUAUGCAGACACAAUGUAUCAUCUUGGAACGGUGUUGCAUCUUCAAGGAAAAGAAACAGAUGCCGAGGCUCUGAUUCUGGACUCUCUCAAAAUACUUGAGGAAGAUGGGCUAGAGGAGUCAUUGACAUACAUCAGGAGAUCACGAUAUCUUUCCCAGAUAUAUUUAAAAUCUAAUCAUUUGGCUGAGGCCGAAAACAUACAGAGGAAACUAUUGCACACAUUGGAAUUAUCAAAGGGAUGGAAAUCGAUGGAAACCGUUAAUGCAGCUGAAGCAUUAGCUCUUACUCUACAAUCAACUGGACAGCUUAGAGACGCUCUAGAUCUUUUCGAAAGGUGCCUUGAUUCUAGGAAAACUCUUCUUCCUGAAACCCACAUCCAGAUUGGUGGGAACUUGCUUCAUAUUGCAAGAACGUUAACGCUUCGUGCUAGUCGGUCCAGAAAGGCAGAUAUCACCGAAGCUCUAUCUGAAUUAGAUAAAGCGAAGAAGUGCUUAGAACAAUCAAUAAGGAUAGCGAAAGACUUUUUGCAUAAGCUGAAAAAGCAAAAGGGCAAAGAGCAAAAACUCGGGAAAUCAAAGGAUGAGAAUGCAGCACUAGUUAUACUGCUUCAAUCUUUUGAAAGUCUUGCACUUUUGGAGAUGAACAAAAACCAGAUCCAGGAGACAAAGGAAGAGCACCCGGAAGCAGCUGAAGAUGCACUUUUCCAAUGCAUUUCGACCUUCAAAGAGUUUGGAACUGGAACUCAUGCAGGAGAUUCUCCUGAAGUAAAGUCGGCAUACCUCUCGUGUCUGAAACAUCUUCAAGCGCUUUUAGCCGAUAAAUCCUCGCAAGAUUCGACAAACUCGAAAGCGCAAAGCGAUGUUUCAUUGCAAGAUCUGAGAAACGAGAUUAGGCGCAUCGAAAAAGAACUUGUAGCACUGCAGAGAAGGUGAGAAGUUUCAUCAACGAAAAAGAACAUAAACAAUGAAUGAAUCUGGAUUUAUAAAAAAAAUAAAAAAUAAAAAAGCUUUUUUCCGGUAAUAAAGAUUACACAUUGAGAGAACAGGUGAAAUAGUUGAGAGUUUAAUGUUUACAAAUUUUUCAUCUGUCUCUGCUGAGAAGGGAAAAUGUCAUAUUAUUAGAUUCGAUGUUUGUGUCCUUAAAAGACAACAUUGUCAGGGUCCAAUGUUUUGGUCCAACAUUUUCCCUUGGAGAUUUUGUUACAGAAAAUCCAACAUUCUUUUUCUAUUAA